AGGGAAACGAAGCGUCACCAUUGCAGAGAACCCUAGAAACCAGAGAAUCCGCACCGCCUCGCCCCGCCCCGCCGACCGAAGCUCAACGAAGAUGUCGCACUUCGGAAGAUCUGGCCCGCCGGAUAUCAGAGACACCUUCUCUCUCCUCGUCCUCAACAUCACAUUUCGUACUACUGCGGACGAUUUGUUUCCCCUCUUCGAUAAGUACGGGAAAGUGGUGGACGUGUUCAUCCCCAGAGACCGGAGGACUGGAGACUCUAGGGGCUUUGCAUUUGUGCGUUAUAAGUACCAGGAUGAGGCUCAGAAGGCUGUUGAGAAGCUGGAUGGCAGAGUUGUUGAUGGUCGGGAAAUAAUGGUUCAGUUUGCUAAGUAUGGUCCCAAUGCCGAACGGAUUCAUAAAGGGAGAAUUGAAGAACCUGUCUAUCGGUCUAAAAGAAGGUCCAGAAGCCGGAGUCCUCGACCAAGAGACAGGGACAGGAGGAGAAGCCGCAGCAGAAGUAGAGGUCGAAGUGAUCGUUAUCGUGGUAGGGACAGGGACAGGGAUUAUCAUCACCGAAGCAGGAGCAGGUCGCCAAGCCGCAGCCGCAGCCGAAGCGCGAGCCCUGAUUAUCGCAGGGAGCGUGGAAGAGACAAAUAUGAUGAUGACAGGCGUAGAAGAAGUCGGUCUUAUGAAAGUGCUUCCCCUGUCCGAAGAAGUCCUAAUCCCCAAAGGAGUCCAUCUCCAAAUCAAUCCCCCCCUUCCAAGGUCAGAAGUCCUGAUGUCCAUAAUCACCGGGAACGGUCAGCUUCUCCUAGGAGUGUCUCUCCUCGUGGUCACAUGGCUUCUCGAAGCCCUUCUCCUCGAUCUGAAACUGAUGAAUAGAGAAGCAAGGGAGGCUCUAUGAAUGUGCUGCAGGCUCUGCAUUUGCCUUCUCAAGUUAUCUGAUCUGUAUCGAGAUCAUCUAUGUAGUGGUUGCUGUCGGUUAUUAUUACUAAGGUCGAACUCCUUUCAGUUGAACUGGAAACUUUAUUAUGCUUUAUUUACCUAUGGUUUCUGUACUCCUGGUAUUUUGGUGUUGCGUCGGACAGUUUUAACUUUAAUUAAAUAGUUCUUGAUCUGAUA